UUGAAUUGAGCAACCAAUGCUUCCUAAUUACUCCUUUCUUCAUCACCAACAAGCCUUCAAAAAGACUCAAACACAUCUCAACAAGUCUAAAAAAAAUUUAUGUUCAUUGAAAAAUUAUUUCCUUUCCACUUUCCACAACCAUGUUUGGUUCCACAAUUGAGUUGAUCACUCUGGCAGCUUCCAAUUCUCUUGUCAUCUUUUGUUUCUGCAAUUUGAUCAUAGUCUUUGUACUUGUGGGUGUCUCAAAACCCACCUCACAUUUUGAUCAAGAUAGUACUGCUAUUCCUUCCUCAAAAGUUGCCAACGGAAGCAAGAAUGGCACAAAAGGAGAAGAGAACAACGCGUUAACAAGCUCUCCUGAAGCGUCGUCGUAUCAUGUUAGCGAGGCAACAGUCGGUGAAAAUGAGGUGAAUGACGAUAAAGAAGAUGAUGAUGAGUUGAGAAGAAGAGUAGAAGAAUUCAUUCAUAAAAUCAAUGAAAGCUGGAAGGUAGAGAAGUUGGGGACAUCUCCUCUAGUUUGAUAGCACAGUUUGACAUAAACAUGUCCGGGGUAAAGAGUUUGAGCACUGAAGACGGUAAUUUAGUGGUAUUUUUUCACCUUUCUAAAUGAAAAAUUGAAGGUUCAACCGUUCAAGUCCUUAGAGAUCAACGUGUGUUAUUUUCUUAGAUAAUAUAUAUAUAUAUAUAUAUAUAUAUAUAUAUAUAUGCAAUGUAUGGAUUUAAAUCUUAUUCCUGGUAUUGUAUUUGGUAAGAAAUUUUGAUUCAAGGAUGAUCUUAGAGUUGGUAUUGUACACUGUUGUUUGAAUUUGUUUCUCCCUACUUGUCUUUUUUGAAAUUCCCCUUGAAACAAAGUCUUUUUCUUUUCUUUGUUUUUUUUCUUUUUAUCACAACCACCAAGUCCCCUUCUUCUAAAGUAAAAAGU